GUUUUCUUCAAAUUUCCGCAUUUUGAGGCAUUAGGAGAGGCACUAAAACUUUUUUCUCUCCGUCUCUGUUUGCAGCUGCACAUAUUUAACAUCUGCGCUGUCAUGGCAAGAUUUCUCCUGAGGGCAAACGUGAGGAGAUGCGUCGCCUCUCAGAUCAGAAUGGCAUCCGAUCAGCUUGGUGAGUUGGGAAAGGGAGCAGGUAAAGGUGGAGGUGGAGGAGGCUCUGUGAGGGAAGCAGGAGGUGCAUUUGGAAAGAGGCAAGUAGCGGAGGAGGAGCGGUACUUCAGGCAGAAGGAGAAGGAGCAGAUGGAAGCACUGAGGAAGCACCAUGCAGAGGAGAUCGAACACCACAAGAAGGAGAUCGAGCGCCUACAAAAGGAGAUCAACCGCCACCAGGGCAAAAUCAGAAAGCUCACACACGACGACUGAAGCUCAGAGGCUUGUUGUAAUUUCUCUUCUUGAGAAUCCAACCAUGUUGUUAACAAGUCAAUGAUUAUGACAUAUUGAUUGAUUUUUCUGCUGGUCAAGGCAGGUCCUGAGGUCUGCGAGACGUCAUACCGACACCCCUAAAAAAAAAAAAAGAAGAAGAAACUAAAAAAAGAAACAAAAAUAAAGCACUUAAAUUUUUGCAUUCUGUUAA